GACGUGUUUCCUACCGCUCAUUUCUGGGUUAUGUGCAUAAGACGUUACCAUAUUUAGGGCAAAAUGGCGUAGUGGUCGUCUGAGGGAAGAUCCUCGAUGUGCUUGUGGACUACUUGGACUCCCGAUGCGUCUUGAUGAAGUGGAGUACGGUAUUGCGUACCGAGGGGUGUAUACAUCCACGAUGCGUUUAGCAAGAAAGGGGUAACUGUUCGUUCUAGGCUGUUGUUUUGGGGUACUUCGGUAUAUUUAACACUAUUUUGGGAGGUGGGAAGAGGAAGAAUGAAAGAGGUCUUCCAACGGAGCGGUCGUAAACAUGAACGGUGCCCUUUACAUUUCGUUUUUCCAAGGUCAGCUGGAGUCCGCGCUGGAGCAGGUAGUGCAGCUCUCCGUUCAGGAAAUCACCAACACUGUCGGGGCCACUUUGAAUUCAAUGCUAUUGGAAACGGCCACCAAAGAGCAAGAAAAUCAGCGUUUAAGGGCGACCCUUCAGUCUCGUGGAGGGAACGGGAAAAGCAAUGCGUCUAAGGGAAAAACAGACACGAACGAUGAAACAAAGCAACACACCCCCAGUCAGAGCCCUGAAUGUGGCGUUCAGUCUGAAACGCUCAGGCGUGAACAGAAAGCGCGAGCAGUUGGUCAGUUAAAAUCUGUUAUGGAACAUGUGCUGGAAUUCGCUGUUUGUGAGCUGACUAAAAUCGUGGAAGACAGCUUUGACGACCUGCUCGCGGAGUUCACCAAGAAGGAGCGGGAAAACCAAAUAUUAAAAAAGCAGUUACAGGACAAGAACAUAGUGGAGGACAGAGAUGUGCCUGCUGUGGAAACAGAGGAGCGCGAAAACGACUCUGCCUCUCCUAGCAGUUCCAAAGCGGAAAAGCAAGAGUCGAAAAGCCUGCAGUACCAAUCGCCCAAAAAAGAGUGGGAAAAGGAAAAAACUGAAACCACAAAUGAACCAGACAAGCAGACUGUCAUUGCAGUGGCUCAGGACUGGGUGCCGAUCCUGGACAAAGUCUUCGGGCAGAAGUGGUGCAGUGACCUCUGGCAGAUCAAAGAGGUCACCACCAGUAAAGAGGAGUGCACUGGGCUGAGCUCGGGCUCGGUGACUGACAUGGACAGCUUAAUUCGGGAGACGCUCAUGCCGUCUUGCCUGGCCACUCAGAGGAAGCUGGACCUUGAGGUGGGCCAGCCGCCCUGGUUACCACUUGACGAUAUGGAGGUUGAUUCUUUAACCUCUGAGACUCCCAGCGUUCCUGUCAUCAGCUCCACAGGUGAUGACUCUCAAAUCAGAUCUUCGUCGAUGUUGCAAAGACUCCUGACGCUUCCUUCCCAGAUUCUUGAGGAUGACGAUGAGUCCAUGGAUGCCGUUCCCAGUAUGGAAGUGUCCACAGAUCCGGCUGAUUUGCAACUCGGUAAGGGCUCAAAAAGUGACCAGAUGGAUAAGAAGGAAGAGGAGGAUGAUGACGAGGAGGAGGAUGAAGAUAGCGCCGAGACGACGGACAGGACUGAGUCCUUGAAAAACAAAGGUAGGAGAAAAUCCCAUGCUUGCAAAGAGUGCGGCAGGAAGUUCAGCCGAGCGCAUCUUCUCAGAGCCCACCGACAAACGCAUGAGGAGACGCCCAACCGAUGCCCACAAUGUGGAAAGAGUUUCUCCCAGUCUUCAAGGCUCCAGGCUCACUUACGGACGCAUGCGGACAAAACAAUAUGAGCAUGCAAAGUUGAAAGAAAUUUUGGUAGAAUAGGAGGGGAGGUUUUCCGGUGAUUGUUGCUUCUCGAAUUGAGUCAGACUUUCAAAUUCAUUUCAAGUACUGAUAAAGUAAAUGCAAAAAACGUGUAGCCUUUUUUGCUAGUUUGAAGGUACACAGGUAAUUAGACAUCUGAGACAAUUUAAGAUGUUUUUACCUCCAUUUCGUUUCCCUAAUUUUAGGGAUUAUUGGAAGAAGCAAAUACUAGUAACAACAAGCUGUGUACACAGUGUAAAUAUCAAAGUAGGGCCGUAUAGACCAUCACAUUAAGGAUUGAAGAAUUUCCUUUUUCCAUUGGGUGUUUUUUUCACAAUUCAAGUUUUUAAAGAUCCUAAAAUUUGUAAAUAUUUUAAACAUGUUACAUGAAGAUGUCGUGGAAAAGGAAUUCGCUAGUUAAUAGGCCCAUGCUGCCUGCAGCAUGCUGGUCUUGUUUCUUUUACAACAUUUUGAAUGUGAUCAAACGAACCAGAAAUAGCAUAACGUGUCUCCUGCGAUCGAAUCAGCCAGUUUUUCAUAUGUUCUUACCGACUUAGUACUCAACAUGAAAUACCUCUUAUGUUCAGAUGUCAUACUGGAUUUUUAUAUAAUUAAAGUCUCGACUUGCAUGUCAGAUUCUAGAUGUUUUCUUCAACCUUUCGCCAUUGAUCGAGCCUGGGAUGGCUUACAGUUCUUGACUUGAACUUGCACAAUUGUCAUCGAUUGCAUGAUGUGCACAACCAAGGAUAUCUUCAAGAGGCAAAGAGUCUGAGAACAAGAUGACAAGAAAAUUGCAUUGAAAUGGUUAUUGGAAAGAAACUUGAAGCUCCAAACUCUUCAUAUUCUAAUUUCUUUGACUUUAAAAGAGGAUCUGACUUUGCUAGUAUCCUCAACUAGAGUAGCGUCUUCCUUUUGCGUGAAGUGUUCACAUGGCUCAACAUCUUGAACUUGGGGAAAGCUCAUUUGGCGGUUGUGAGAUUUGGUUUUCCCAGCAUCGGUGGCAUGUAUCUGAAUAUGUAGUCUUUUUUAAGGGAAGCCGUUAUCUACCAUUUUCAGAGAGGCAGACGGAUCCUGCACUUACAUUUCGCCCUGUAUCGAAGGGAUAUAGGUCCCACCUGUUACGCACAUUCCCACUCUCGACCCUGAAUUUUUACAAUAUCUCUGUCAGUAAUAAGCAUGAUGGGGGAAAAAAAAAAGUACAAAGUGUUACUGUUACUUCUUGGAUCAAUACCUCAUCAGUGGGACCAUAUCUUUUGGGACGUCUGCAAUAUGAGGAGUUAAGGUCCUGCUCAAAAAAAAAAAGAAGUUUACAAAUGGAAUGGGACUGGCCAGUUGGCCUGCUCAUUAUUUGAUUGUGCAUUUAAAAAUGUGGCUUAUUUUAUUUUAUGCUACUUAUUAUGUCCCUGUAGGAAGGUACCAAGAACUUGCGACCCAAAGAUUACAAUGAAGGGAAAACUUUUUCUACCAUACAUACUAGGGCUGCACGAUUAAUCGAAAUUAAAUCGCAAAGGUUAUAAAUCAUGAUUAGGCAGAAGCUGCGAUUGUCAUGCGCAUCUUUUAGUAAAGCCAGUUCUGUGAUCAGUAGUAAAUCUCCAUUCAAAGGCCAGAGGGCGCUCUCGUGCUGAAACUCCAAAUACGCCUCGCAGGAGAAACCCAGGAAAUGUCUCUAGUGGUUGCUGAAUAAACAGAUGAUUUAACUGCUUCCAUUGAUUCAAUAUGAUUAAAUAAAACACGAGUACGACAGUAUACUUUUUUAUGAGUUUGUCUUAUUAGAAUUUUUAUUAUAAUAAAGUUUAUAAUAAUGCAAAGCUAAUCAACAUAGCCUUUAUCACCGCUUAGAUACUAUGAAAUAUGUUACGUGCCUUAUUCUGUGUAAGAAGCCACAUCAUCUAACAGAAGAAUUUAUUUCAAACACUCGGCUGACGUUAUGCACUGAGUUUAGAGUAAAAACAUGUUAUGAAAUGCAGUAUUUUCACGUGAUUUUAUAUGGAGUAGCAUUUACUACACAGAGACAUAACUCACUGACAAACUACGCAAACAGCUUCAAUAAUCGCAGAACGAUUUCUUCGAUUUCAUAAUCAUGCGAUUAAUCAUCUGCAAUUACGGCUCUGUGUAGUAAAUGCUGCUCCAUCUGAAAGAUUUACUACUAAUCACAGAACCAGGUUUACUGACAAGAUGUGCAUGACAAUCACAUGCCCUAAUACAUACUCUUAUAGGAUUGUAUUGUUGUUUUUUUUAACAAUAUGGGCCAUGACAAUUUACAUUAUGAAUGUUAAGCUUCUUUCAGAUGUAUUGCGUAUUGUAACUUCAUUAGUAGACUAUAAUGAAGUACUUUAUCUGUUUAGUGCCUAGAUUUAACCAUUCAAUAAGCUGAUCUUAUAGGUGUUGGUGAUGAUUGAGAGGUUUAUUCAUUGUUUAGCACCCUGCCUUUGUUACAAAAAAAAAAUGAUCAGAACUCUUUCUUUUUUGUGCUUAGUGCUUUCACCUGAACAAUCAGUUCUAGAUAUUGUACUAGUUCUCUUUAAUUGUUACUGCUAGUCAGAUCUGACUUUAAUAUUAAAAUAACUCUGUAUGUUUCAUCAAUUCAGACUGCUGGGAGGGAUACCACGAAGAGUUAGUUCACCCAAAAAUGAAAACCCUGAGACAUUUCUUAAAUUAUCUUACAGGUUUAGUCAUGCAGGUUUGAGGGUGAGUUAAUAAAGACAGAGUUUUCAUUUUUGACUGCACAAUCCAAAAUAAAAUUGUCAUCAUUUGCUUUGACAUUUUGAUAAAUGUUGGUAACCAAACAGUUGCUGGUAGUUAUUGAAUGCCAUAGUAUGGAGAGAAUAAUAACACAGCUACCAACAUUGUUCAGAAUAUGAUCUUUUGUGCUUAACAGAAGAAAGAAAAUUAUACAGGUUUGGACCAACAUGAGGUUGAAUCAAUAAUGACAGAAUAUUUAUAUAUAUAUA